AUGGAGUCAUCUUCAUCCGCCAGCUUCACAAGCUUAGUGAACUCCGCAUCAACAGCAAGUCCAGACUUCCAGCAAUACCAGAGUUUCCCUCCACCUCAUUUUCCUACAAAUUUCAGAUCACCACCAUAUGGACCUAGUCAGCAGCCUCAUUUUCCACAACAUUUCAAUCCAUUUGGAGUUCAACCAGGCUAUCAAGGUUAUCAACAAUUGCGUGCCCCACCAUCAAGCUAUCAUGGCUUCCCUUACCAUGAUGGCGUGGGGCAAUACCAGCAAAGAGCUUUCGGAGUUGGUAUGGGUGGUGAUCCAUCAUCUCCGGUUGGAUCUGCUGCCUGCUAUGGAGGUAUGGGCACUAGUGGUUCUCGUGGUGAUGAAUCAGCUUCUCCAAUCUCUAUGCCUCAGCCCAUACAUGGAGUCCCUGUCAUUAUUGAAGAAAGUGAUAGCAGUCCUGAGGAAGAAAAUAAUAAAUCUGGACGUAGAUAUUGGAGUGAAGCAGAGAAUUUACGACUAGUAAGUGCAUGGUUGAACAACUCUAAUGAUCCAAUAGAAGAUGUUGAUAAGAAGUAUGACCACUACUGGAAGGAAGUUGCCAAAGAAUACAACAAUCAUACUCCCAAAGACCGGCGUAGGUCAGUGAUUCAACUGAAAAACCAUUGGAAUAGGUAUGCACCAGUAGUUAUGAAGUUCAAUCAAUGCUGGAAUCGAAUGAAAAAUGCACAUGGUAGUGGUGAAUCAGAUGAUCAGAUAAUGGAGAGAGCUCAUGCAGUAUUUAGAAGUGAAAAUUCAGAGAAACCAUUCCUAUUUGAGUAUUGGUGGAGAAUAGUGAAGGACCAGCCUAAAUGGGGUAGAGUAUAUCCAUUAAAUGGGGUAGAGAAUAAGAGGACAAAGAUAAAUGCAGAAGGAGCUUACACAUCUUCUGGCUAUUGGACAGUAGCAGUUGAAAACUAA